CCCACCUCCUCUAUUCCUUUCUUUUUCCUUGUCUGCUACCGCCGGUGAUCUAGUCGACGUUGGGGACACGAAACACUCUUUUUCAUUUUUUUACCGUGUUACGAAAAAGGACUAGCCAUGGCCGAAGCAGUUACGCCCUCGCUCAAGACGCCUCCACCAGACAUUGCAGCCAACUCGCCACCUGAGUCUCCCAAGUUUCUGGUGCGCAAGGCAAAGGCUUUCAAGGAGGAGAAACCUGCCGACUAUGACAUUCCCGACAACUAUGUCGCGUGGACUCUCAGGAAUGCGAAGCCUCGUCCACCUCUGUCGUGGAAUAACAUUCUUGGCGAGCUCAACUACGUUUCUCUUGCUGUCCUAACGAUCACGCCUACCAUUGCUCUCUUGGGUCUCAUGUACGUUCCGCUGCAGUGGAAGACGUUCUGGUUUGCCGUUCUAUACUAUUUCUUCACUGGCUUGGGAAUCACUGCGGGCUACCACCGCCUUUGGGCACAUCGCUCGUAUAACGCGUCGAAGCCACUGGAGUAUUUCCUCGCAAUGGCUGGUACUGGUGCUGUAGAGGGUUCUAUUAAAUGGUGGUGCAGGGGUCAUCGUGCACAUCACCGUUACACCGACACAGAUCUUGACCCGUACAAUGCCCACCGCGGAUUAUUCUGGUCGCAUCUCGGUUGGAUGCUCGUCAAGCCACGGAUUAAACCUGGUGUUGCUGAUGUUAGUGACCUCUCUAAGAAUGUGGUCAUCCGGUGGCAGCACCGCUGGUAUAUCCCGCUUAUCCUUACUAUGGGCUUUGGCGUGCCGACCAUAAUUCCCGGCCUGCUAUGGGGCGACUAUUUGGGUGGAUUCGUCUUUGCCGGUGCACUCCGCCUUACCUUUGUUCACCACUCGACCUUCUGCGUAAACUCACUUGCCCAUUGGCUCGGUGAGACUCCGUUCGAUGACAAGCACACUCCUCGAGACCACAUGAUUACUGCUUUCGCAACUAUUGGUGAAGGUUACCACAAUUUCCAUCACCAAUUCCCGAUGGACUAUCGAAAUGCCAUCAGGUGGUACCAGUAUGAUCCAACCAAGUGGUUCAUCUGGUGUGCGUCGCAGCUCGGCCUUGCCAGCCAUUUGAAAGUCUUCCCGGAUAACGAAGUCCAAAAGGGUCAGCUCACAAUGCAGCUCAAGAAACUCCGCCAGACACAGGAUAAGAUUGCCUGGCCGAGCGAUAGUAACGAUUUACCUAUCGUGUCUUAUGCAGACUUCCAGAAACAAGCCGAGAAGCGACCCUUGAUUCUCAUUGCGGGUUUCAUUCAUGAUGUCGGAUCGUUCAUGGAUGAACAUCCGGGUGGACGACAUCUACUUGCUAAGAACAUCGGUAAAGAUGCAACAACGGCUUUCUUCGGUGGUGUCUAUGACCACUCGAAUGCCGCGCACAACUUACUCGCGAUGAAACGGGUUGGCAUUCUAAACGGUGGAAUGCCGCACGGUUCAGAAGAGCGUGCCAUUCCUCCUUCACAAAAGCUUCGUAUUGCACGAUACAACGAAAUGGCCUCUCCGUACUGCUCGUCAACUGCCGUGUCUGACGGCGAAGGACUGCUGGGUUGAACAUUGCUUUCCAUACACCCUCGGAAAUGAUCGAUCCAGCUCGGAUUGAACCAUCUCAUGAGAAUGAAGAAUCUCUGUGGCCAAAUGCUUAUUCAAUCAAUCACCAUGCACUUCUGUUUUCCUUUCCAUUAGCUUAUGUCUCGCGUCCAGUUAGAAUGUCAACUCCUGCAUGAAUGCCCGUGUUGAGUAAAGAGAAAGCGGACACAGCAAAUUCGGUAUUUACUGUACUAGAUUAAAAGUCGAAAGGCGACUCAAACGAAACAUCACUGCUUUAA